AUGUCGCAAUUGAAGAAAUCAAACCUCAACUCGGUGAAGGACUUGCAGAAAACAACCGACGAGCACCUCGGCUCCGUGUUGACACAAUUGGGAUACGAAGAAUCGUUCAAGUUGAUCGAUUUGAAGUUGGGCUUGGGGUUAGUCAGUGUCUUGAUAGCGGGACUAUUAUUCGUUGCCGACAAGAAAUUCCAGUUCAAAGAUAUCUACAGUAUCACCGUUGUCUGCUGCGUUGUCUAUUCUGUGCUCAAUGCAGCCAUAUUGGCGAUAAAUUACCGAUACAAAAACGUCAAGUAUGUGGGCUACGAUUCCAAGGGCAACAAGCUCACGUUGGCGACGGAGACAAAGAAAUAUGAGCCUGUGUACUACCUCAGUGUUGAUUUGAAUGGCAGGAAACACUCCACUUCCAUACCAUUCAACAAGUUUUUCGACGCAGUGGGAUAUUUCAUCAGGGAUGAAUUCACCAAGGAGCUAUCGGAAGAGAUUAGCAAAAAAAACCAGUAA